UCAGGCUUUUUCUAGAUCUUUCUGGGAUAGCUUGAGAUAUCUUGUCUGGUAAGCUCCACAGUCGUGCUUCCCCGUGGCCUUCCUGGAGCACUGGUAGGGUGGCUAACAUCCUGGUUUGCUCGGAACUUUCUUGGUUUUAGCGCUGUAAGAACCACAUUCUGACACCUCCUCAGUCUUAGACAAACCUGGAUGGAUGGUCUCCUUGAGUGUGUGUCUCCCGUAUGCCUCCGCAGGUCCACAAUCUGCAGGAGCUGCGGCGAAGUGCCUCACUGGCCACCAAGGUCUUUAUCCAGAGAGACUACAGUGAUGGGACCAUCUGUCAGUUCCAGACCAAAUUCCCCCCAGAGCUGGACAGCCGGAUUGAGCGGCAGCUCUUUGAAGAGACUGUGAAGACCCUCAACGGCUUCUACGCGGAGGCCGAGAAGAUUGGGGGCAGCUCCUACCUGGAGGGCUGCCUGGCCUGUGCCACGGCCUACUUCAUCUUCCUCUGCAUGGAGACCCACUACGAGAAGGUUCUCAAGAAGAUCUCCCGCUACAUCCAGGAGCAGAAUGAGAAGAUCUUUGCCCCUCGAGGCCUCCUCCUCACGGACCCGGUGGAGCGUGGGAUGAGGGUUAUCGAGAUUUCCAUCUACGAGGACCGGUGCAGCAGCGGCAGCUCCAGCAGCGGCAGCAGCUCGGGCAGCGGCAGCAGCGGCGGGGGCGGCGGGGCGGGGGCCCGGUGACUGGCCGAGAGUCCCUGCAGGGAGGUGUAUGGCCGGACUGAGGGCCUCUCAGAUCUGCGGCGGCUGCGCUACCAGAGCACCCGCUUCUGAGUCAUUCUCUGGGCCCCCGCUGCUUCCGGGGGUGGGUGGGAGGGUGACUGGCCCGGUGUCCUUGCGGGGGUCCGUCUCCCCGCGCCCCCUCCCGCACUCCUGCCCCUCGCCCCUGGCAGGUCACUUCCUGAUCUGGCACUUUCCCCAGGGGCCAGGUCGGGUCACCGCAGCCAGAUCUUCCAGGGGAAGGCUGGGGCGGGGUGGGCAACAAGAUUGGGACAGCCCUUUUCUCUGCCGCUCCUCCCCCAGCAUCCCGUAUGGGGGGCACAGGUCCCAGAGAGAAUUCCCAUUCUGCAUGAUUCCUCAGCCCAAAUCCCACAUCCAGCAGGACUUCCCCCUCCCCCAAGGGUCCUGCUCCCCAUGGCUGUCUUCCAGUGUCUGCUCUUUCUGGUGCCACUGCAGGGGCUCUGCCUGUCUGUGAACCUGCCUCCACCGGAUUGGAGGUCUGGGGAGAUGGGAGCCACUCAGUCCCCUCCUGACCCCUUCUAGACUAAUGGCUUCCCCUUCCUCCGUUGAAAGCCUGGAGGCCACAUUGGCCUUGCCAAGAAACAUCCAACACCUAAGAUUUUGCAGGACACCAGGCGCUGGUUGUGGGGCACACAGCCUGGGGCUCUGGGAGGUUAUAUGGAGGUCUAGAGAAAUGCUUCAUGGAGACAUGUAGCUUUGCCGGGGGGGGGGUGAACCUCCAGGACUGGAGCCAACUUCUCGAGAUUAGAACCUGUGUGUACGAGAGAAUGAGUGUGUGCAUGCAGGCACAUGUGUGAGUGCAUAUAUGUGAGAGCACUGUGUGCACGGAUGCACGUGUGGCUGUGCGGGCAUGUGCCUGAGCGCACGUGAAUGCAUGUGUGCGAGUGCGCUUGUGUGAAUGUGUGUGUGAGUGCAUGUGUGUGUGUGGCAGUGCACUUGUCUGUUCCCCUUGGUUGCCAGGCCAAUGACCACCCCUCUCUGCAUCCUGUCUUAUCUUUGUAUGUAAUGGUCUGUGGCUGCUUCCCUGCAUGGGUCCAGCCUGUCCCUUUGUAAAUAAAUGUCCUAAAGCUCCUUGCCCCUUGCCUGGGGCUGCCAGCUUGGCUCUUCUUCCUGGUCUCUCCCCCACCUGCAAAGUUCUCCCCACAUACCUUCCUGAUUCUACUGUGUACGUUCUAGCAAAAGAGAAGUUGGGAGUCUAGGAGAGCAGAGCCAACCUUCUGGGGCCUUCUGUGUCCCUCUCCCCAACCACCCCUCCCCCCAUGACAAGGCAACAGGGCUACACACGCUGUAUAUUCAGCCCGCCCAGGCUCUGGCGCUCUCUGAGGCUGCGUAAGCAAGACUUCCUUGGAUGUUCAAAGGAGCUGGCAACCUGCAGGGGAAAAGGCAAACUCCUUUCUUGAAAGGGAAGAGAAGCACCCAGCCAAUGAGGCCCUGGCUGCCAAGGCCCAGGGUGGCCAGUGGAAAGGAAGCAGCCCUGUCCUGGUGCCCCGAUGAGGGACAGAAAGUGGCUGCCUGCCUCAGGUGGCAGGAGGUGCAAAAAGGGUAUCUCAAAGACCAGCCACUGCAGGUAACUUUCUAGAACCAAAGAGGGGCCUGGUUUUCUUUUGGAUAAGAGAGCAGUAUGUGGGAGGGAGGGGCCGACCCAGGGAGCUGGAGAGGGCAGCCCGGUUCCUGAGCCCAAGUGGGUGGGUCCUCUUCCAAGGAUACCCCACAGAGAGCGGAGACCCAGUGAGCUCCAUGGCAACCCCCUGACCCCUGGGCCUGGCCUAUGCCCUCCCUGGCCCACUGUGUGGCCGGGCCUUAUGUCUAACCUGUGCCUCUCCUGUGGGAUGGCUGGGCACAGGUGAUGCAGUGGCCUUUGGUUUUAUUAUUUCUUUUUCCAAUAAAAGGACUUGCCCAGCUUGAGGCUCUGCUCUGGUUCUCUCCCCUAUGGUGAUGGGCUGCCAGUUCUGUGCCCCAGGACUACAGUGAGGGGAGGUUCAGCUGCCCACCUGCCUCAUGCCAAGGAGGUGGGGCUGAGUAUGUUCCUGAAGGAGCGGUGAGCCUGACACGGGCAGGACCCACCCUGUCUUCUUGGAGCUUGUCGUCUAGCGGGGAGGCUACAUUCUGGCUCCUCUAAUCUGGAGCCUUUCUGGGGGCAUUUGCAGCCUUGGGCAGAGGGAACCGCCUGACUGCGAGCCAGGUCAAAAGUAAGUAAUGAAUUGAUUAAAUAUCCAUUUUUUGAGCUCUUAACCUGGGUUGGGCCCUGUUAGGGGCCAGAUCAGAGUCAGUUUUAAAGACUGGAAAAGCACGUGAGUACUGGAACCUAGUAGGGUCAAACAAUAUUUACUGAGCACCUAUUGUGUGCCAGGUACUUUGGUAAAACCCUGUCUUAGAGCUGGGAGGGGAUUGAAAGAUCAUCUGAACGAGGCCAAAUGGAGGCCCAGAGCGGUCCCAUGACUUGCCCCACGUCCCACAGCUGGUUCUCCCGAGCCAGUGCUCACUCUGACACCAUGGGGAUGGCAUCCCAAUGGAAGUUGCCUUACGCUGCAGGGUGGCUAGGGUCACACACUCAGGUCUGUGGACAAAGAGAGGGUCUCCCCAGAGCGUGGGGACAAAGGCUCCAGCCUCAGGGUGGGGACUUCGGGGAGGUCCCCUCUGGGUGGUGCUGAAUGGGACUCUGGGUGGCUUCCACACUUCUACUUGCUGCUCUGAAGGGGCAGCUGGGCCUUUGCCUGAACCAUGGGCAGGCCUGGACCCACUGCCUGGGCUCAAGCCUGGGGUGUGUGUGGGUGGUCACAAUGGAGGCUGUUCUUUAACAUGAGGGGGUGUUCAUUCUGUCUGUCCUGUAUGCAAGGUUAUUAGUCGUAAUAUUAAACACUAGUAGCUAAUAUUUAUCCCUCACUGUGUGCCAGGCACUAGGCUAAGACCUUACUUGAUCAUUCAGUCCUCACAACAACGCUAUGGUGUGGACUGUUAUUCCCAUUUUACAGAUGAAGAGACUGAGGCUCACAGAAGUUAAAUGACUUGCCCAAAGUUCCACAACUAGGAAGCGGCAGCGCUUGGCUUUGAAUCUAGGCAGUCUGACUCCCAGCCGUAUGGAAGAUGAUUAAUCCAGCUUCAGGGACCCUGUCAAAGCUUGAGGUCCUCAGCCAUCCUAGGUAAGGAUUUGACAGAUUCCCAGGUAAGGACAUGGAGCUGUGCCUGGUACCUCCAAGGCCAGGCUGGUACCUCUAGGCAUCACGGGAGUGGGGGUGGGCUGCGCUCCUCACAGAACUGCGGGGCCCACAGGGGCCGCUUGGUGAAGGGCAGAGUGGGGAGAAGCAGGUGAGGCGUGACUUCUCUCUCCCUGGGUUUCCUCUGCUGGCUCAGUUACAGCGGGGAGUGGUCUCUCCUGCGGGUCCGGCUGCAGCCACGUCUCUGCAUCCCCCUCGCCAGCUAGGAACGGGCCGUCAGCUGCCCCCCGGGCAGCUCUGGGCUGCCAUUCCCUUCGCUACUGCUGCCAGGCUCUGCUCUCUAGCUUCCUUUGGGGUGUGCGAAAACCACAGGGUUUACAGAAGCUCAUUGUGCCACUGAGUGGCAGAAUCGUGCACUGCACCCCGGAAUCAAAGUGGCCUGGGAAACGUUCCUGGAACCCCAAACACGCAGCCACUUCCACCCACUUUCAGAGGAGGUGUGGGGCAAAGAUGGAGUCCCGUUGGUGGUGCCUCUCCCUACAGCCAGCUCCCGGGGUGCUGCCUUUCUCCUGGGAACCCUGGCCCCCUUCUCCACAGCUCUGGAAGGACUUACAGUAAAGAAGGUUACCGGCAGGAGGCACCAGCCCCUGGUUUUGGCUUUACUAUUGACCAAGGAUGACGGCAAUGCAAAUGGCGCUCCUAGUGAGACCUGAAUUGGAGUUCAGGCUUCACAAGAGUAGCACGUGGUGGAGCCUCCUUGAGCCCCAGGUUCCUUCCACAGCUGUAAAAUAGGGGUCCUAAUACUUGCCAAAAUUGCUCAGACCAGUGCCUCGCAUCCUUGGCUGCAAUCGAUGUUACCCAGGGAGCAAGAGAAACUGCUGAUGUGUGGUCCUUUCCCCAGAGAUGCUGAUUUCAUUGUUCUGCGAGUGUGGCCUGGACAUCAGGAUUUUUUAGUUUCCCUGGAGAGUCUAGUGUGAAAACGAGGUCGAGCACCCCUGAUUUUGACAGUAUCUAGAGCCUAGGAGCUUUUUCAUGGGCCUCUGAAAAUGUCUGAGACCCAAAUAAAAGUUUAUCAUUCCACAAAAGCAACAAGACAUGAAAUGAGUGCAGGCGAUGACUCCACUUAUAACAAAUACGAAUAUGGGCAGAACGAACCUAUGGUGUUAGAGCAGCUGCCCUGGGGUGGGGUGUAGUGAACGGAGGGGGCCUGGGGAGACUUCUAGGUGCUCACGAUCUGUCUCCAGCAGAGUGCUGGUUACACAGGUGUGCUCGCUUUGCGAGAACUCCUGGAGCUGUGCACUUAAGAUUUAUAUAUUUUUCUAUAUGUAUGGUACAUUUCAAUAAAAUUUACCCAAAAAGUUUAUUGGCUCCAAAAUAGGAAAAGAAAACACAAAACUGAAAUUAAUGUUUCAUUGCAUGUCUACAAAAUGUAGUACUGUCAGUCAGCCGUUCAACUCAACUGUGUGUGUGUGUGUGUGUGUGUGUGUGUGUGUAAUUUAGGGAGAGUUGUGGAUGCCUCUGACAAUGUUUGAUAUGAUGAGGGUGGGGCGCCCAAAAGAGAAGAAGUUCCCUGAAACUGCUUGGGUUUCCCCCAGGAGCUCUGAGCCUUGACCCCACCCCCUGCACUUAGGUGUGGGAUGUGCCUUUAUUGGGAGAAGCUCUUUCGGCAGAUUCGCAAAGGGGUAAUUGACCACCCCUAAGAAAAGACUGAGAACAGCCGGUUUUGAGGAGUCAGCGAGAAACUGGCCGAGAAUGUGCUGGCAGGAAAUAGGUGUCCGCUAAUGCCUUCUGAGGUUUCCACCCGACCCCUCUCAGGCAACUUUGGGAGGACUCAUUCUCCUGGCAGCGCCCAGGGCACACCGUGCCAAGCUCCCGGCUCUUCCUCUAAGGGGCUGUUUAACGGGCUUGUCGGGUCAGCGUCUGCCGGAUGGCAGAACCUAGCGGGCAGCAUCCUGGAGCUGCACCGGGACUUGCGGUUUUGAGUCGGGGCCGGUGGAGGAGUGGGAGGGGAGUCAGAGGGCUGCCUCAGCCUGCCGACCCUGAGUCAUGCACUUAGCUGCCCUGAGUCCCAGCUCUGUCAUCUGCAAAAUGAGAGCACGAUGAGAAUGCGUCUUUGUAAAUGGUCAUCUAUUUCUCCAAAGUAAAAUAUUAUUGUUAUUGCCGAAGUUACACCAGGACCUCAUUGUACAGUGGCCUCGUGACACAGACUUAUAGCCAGGUUCCAUAUUCUUGCAGAGAAUAGAUAGAUAUUUAUCCAAGGGUUCGCUGAUUCCCUAAAAUAUGCCAGGAACAUUCAGGUACAUUAUUAUUCCAUUUAGUUCUCUAACACUCUGGUGGGUGGUUAUAUUUGAAUUCUUAUUUUAUAGAUGAGGAAACUGAUGUUCCAGGUGGUUAGGUAGCUUGACAAGCGCCCACAGCUAGUAAGUGGCAAAGUAAAGACCCGAAUCUAAGUGUCAGAGCCCAAACCCUGCUCUCAUUCUGCCAGUGUGUCACAGUAGGGUAAAAGACUCCGUUCUACCUGGAUUGGCUCCUAAAGGCAGAUUCUAGACCCAGGGAGCAGCACGUGGGCAAAUGCGGACACAGAAAAAUUAGCUUCGCAGAGGCAUGAUGGGGCUCGUUAUUUUGGAGUAAUUCAAGUUAUCGAUUUCUGUAAUGGAAAAGUGAUUGGGGACCAGCUACCACCUGAGAGCAGCCUGAGCAAAGCUCCGGAAGGGGGAAAUGUUAUACACAGCUUACUGGACCUUGUGGACAGCAGUGGCCUUCUUCCCUCUGUCCCCAGUUCCUUGGUCAACUCGUGGAGGGUGGGGGGAGGAUGGGGGUCUCGUCUUAGUCGUCUCCACCACCUCCCUCCCCCUGCCCCACACGUGUCAGGUGAAUGGGAAAUGCGGCCACCAGGAGGCUGGCAGGAAGAGUCAGGCAGCAAGGACAGGAAUGUACAGAUGUGGAAUCCUCUGGCCCCUGGCGCAAGGUGACCCGAGAAGCAGCUUAGGCAGACGCAGACAGGUAGGUGGCCGCUGAGUGAUACAGUUCAACUGCACGUGGCCACUAACUCAAUUAAAGGGUAGGGGCAGCGACCCUAGGCCCUCCCCUGCUUGGGCAGCUGCUUCGAGUUGCCCUGGACAUGAUCUCGUGGCUCUGCUCACGAUCUCCAUCUGUCCUGAGACGGGAGGGAGGGCAGAGGUAGUGUGCAUCCUGACCCCACUUAGGCCCUGCCUGGUGCUUCCUGAACACCAUGAUUUAAGGUGAGUAAAUCCUCCUGGGGCUGCGUAUGGUUCCUGGAAAGUCUGGGCCUGGAGCCCUAGGGAGGGAAGUACCUUGGGUGGGUGGAUGGAUGGACGGACGGACAAGUGGAUGCAUACAGAGAAGGUGGGUGCCGGGAGAUGACUGAUGGUUCAGAGGUGAGCGAGAGGGCUGCCAGGCUUGAGAUGGAUGCUCACAGACCCUGGAGAGGCAGGUGAAUGGAUGGGUACCGAUCAGCCCCGUGCUCCCCAGUGCAGAUCUAAAUACAGUGCCGGAGCUCUUCAACGGAAAGAUACUGUGUAACCCGGUCCCCAGAUGAACUCUGCAUUUGAGUGAUGGAUGUGUCUCAUUGGGAAGGAUUCUCAUAGGUCUAACAUCACCCCAGUUAAUGACUUAUGGAUUGUUGUAAAAUCAGGCAGUGCUAGAAGUGAAAGCAGGAGAUUAGAGGGCCUGGGACAGGUUCUAGAAUAAUAUCUGCUUUUCAUCAGCUGGGCGCUGCACUGUGCACUGUGAAUGUUUCAGCUUCGCAGCUCUGUGAGUUCUUAGGCUUUCCAUUCUGUGGAGGAAGAAACUGAGGCUCAGAGGAAGUGGCUUCAGGUCACUAACAGGUCGUGUAGGUGGGGUGUCUGGGAGUCAAGCCUCAGUCCAUCCGAUCCCAGAGUCUCAGGGCGAAGAGAAUGUUUUAAGGAUAGAUGGAAGGAAAGAGGGAGGCGGGGCCAUAGGAAUUUUGCAUCAGCUCUCUAAGAAAGCGUAUGGCAUUCUGGCACACGAGACACAUUCUUUGUUGGGGUGAGGCUUUGAGACCCCUCUCUUCCCUCUUUCCUCUCCGUGUCCGCCUUCAAGGCCUGUAAAUCUUGAGCCAGGGGACCUGAAAGCACAGUGAAGGUAUAUAUGGGGUUUACCUUCCUCCCUGGGGCCCAAGCUUGUUCCUCUGCCACGGUCCCCAUGGGCAGAUGGGGAGGGGACUGGGCUUUGCUCCUUCCCCAGGAGCUCUGCACUCAGGUCUGGUACGGAGGGAGGACAGUUAGGCCUUAGAUCGAUCUUUUGGUGGGGAGAGGGGUAUAUUAAAUGAUUCUGGGUGAUAGGUCCUUCAUGGCAGCUGUGGGUUUGGCCAUGAAGAAGGACAGUGAGCUCCCGCUACAGCAUGUAUUCCAGGCUCCAGACUUCCCUUCUGGCAGGUAGGCCAGGCUCAGGAGGUUCUGGGCAGGGACUUCCUGGGAAGGGGUGACGCGGGUCGUCUUAGUGGUCUCCACCACCUCCCUCCCCCUGCCCCACGUGCCUGUCAGGUGAAUGGGAAAUGCAGCCCACCAGGAGGGCUGGCAGAAGAGGCAGGCAGCAAGGACAGGAACGUACAGAUUUGGAAUCCUCUGGCCCCUGGCGCAAGGUGACCCGAGAAGCAGCUUAGGCAGACGCAGACAGGUAGGUGGCCGCUGAGUGAUACAGUUCAACUGCACGUGGCCACUGACUAACUCAGUUAAAGUGUAGGGGCAGCGACCCUAGGCCCUCCUCUGCGUGGGCAGCUGCUUCAGUUGCCCUGGCCGUGAUCUCGUGGCUCUGCUCACGAUCUCCACCUGUCCUAGGAGGGGAGGGAAGGAGCAGGAAGCAUGCAUCCCACCCCCACUCAGCCCCUGCUCGGUGCUCCACGAACACCAAGAUUUUAAGGUGGGUAAAUCCUCCUGGGGCUGAGUACGUACCCUCAUCCCCUGUUCUUGACCUUGGCUGCAGCCUCCCUUCUUAGCUGCGCAGGACCCUCUGUGCACCUAGUAUUCCCACUCAGCUCUUUCUCAGCGGGGUUUCAUGGGCCAAGCGUGGUUCUUUGGGCACUUACACUGACUCUGAUUCUGGGUCAGCCCAUGGAAAGAAAAAGCUCUGCCCGCCCCCUUCCUAUUUCGGAAACUGUUGAUACAACUGUACUUAUGAAAUACUUCGAGCUUUCUGGAGAAGGAGGCAGCUGAGCAAGGAGGAGCCCCAGGUGGGACUCAGAUUCCCUGCUAGGCUGUGGUCCUCUGGAAGUCACUGUUCCUUUUGGGCCUCAGUUUUCACAGCUGAACAGGAUGGGGCAGGACUAAAUGACUUCUCAGGUCCUUCUGCACUUUGUUGUAGGCUUCUGUGGUGGUGGAGGGCCCAAUCCCCAGGCCAGGUCACCACCUGCUGGUGGGCCUGUGCUUUCUGCAGCCCGAUCAAUGGCAC